GUUCCUCACGCUGAGGACAAGGUUCCUCACGCUGAGGAGAAGGUUCCUCACGCUGAGGACAAGGUUCUUCACGCUGAGGACAAGGUUCCUCACGCUGAGAACAAGGUUCCUCACGCUGAGGACAAGGUUACUCGCGCCGAGGACCAGGUUCCUCACGCUUAGGACAAGGUUCCUCAUGCCGAGGACAAGGUUCCUCACGCUGAGGACAAGGUACCUCACGCUGAGGACAAGGUUCCUCACGCUGAGGACAAGGUUGCUCACGCUGAGGACAAGGUUCCUCAUGCUGAAGACAAGGUUCCUCACGCUGAGGACAAGGUUCCUCACGCUGACGGCAAGGUUCCUCACGCGGAGGACAAGGUUCCUCACGCUGAGGAAAAGUUUCCUCACGCUGAGAACAAGGUACCUUACGUUGAGGACAAGGUUCCUCACGCUGAGGACAAGGUUCCUGACGCUGAGAACAAGGUUCCUCACGCUAAGGACAAGGUUCCUCACGCUGAGGACAAGGUUCCUCACGCUGAGGACAAGGUUCCUCACGCUGAGGACAAGGUUUUCACGCUGAGGACAAGGUUCCUCACGCUGAGAACAAGUUUCCUCACGUUGAGGACAAGGUUACUCGCGCCGAGGACAAGGUUCCUCACGCUUAGGACAAGGUUCCUCAUGCCGAGGACAAGGUUCCUCACGCUGAGGACAAGGUACCUCACGCUGAGGACAAGGUUCCUCACGCUGAGGACAAGGUUGGUCACGCUGAGGACAAGGUUCCUCAUGCUGAAGACAAGGUUCCUCACGCUGAGGACAAGGUUCCUCACGCUGACGGCAAGGUUCCUCACGCGGAGGACAAGGUUCCUCACGCUGAGGAAAAGGUUCUUUACGCUGAGGACAAGGUUCCUCACGCUGAGGACAAGGUUUCUCACGCUGAGGACAAGGUUCGUCAAGCUGAGCACAAGAUUCCUCACGCUGAGGACAAGGUUACUCACGCUGAGGACAAGGUUUCAUCACGCUGA